GAAUAUUGCUGCAGAGAGCCAGGCUGCCCCAGAGAGUUAAGGGUGCCACGGCGGGGUUCAGAGCUGGGCAUCGUGAAUUCUCUUCAAGUUUUCAAAGUCCUGGAAAGUUUUGAUAAGCAAAUACUUUCUGGGCUCUGCUUUUCUAUUGGCUGUUUCUUCACCGCCAGAUUUUGACACAAAUAAUCAGAUUGAAAAAUCAGGGAGGGGAACAGGGGCAAAAAAAAACAGAGAGAAAAAAAGAGAAGUAUCUAUUUCACCAGACAGCGACUAAAUGAAAAAGUGGAAGAAGGAACCCCGAGAGAAGAAGACACCUCGCUGGGGGCUUGUCUGGGGAGAUUUCAAGGCGAAUCCUGUAAAGCAAAGUCCCCCAAACAGGCAGUGCAUGGAAAAUGCCACGUUCUUUUCUGGUGAAGAGCAAAAAGGCUCACACCUACCACCAGCAUCGCUCUCUGGAAGACGACCUGCCGAUCUUCACACGGGACGCGGGAACCUCUCCCUUCACUGCCAUAGGAGACAAGACACCGGAAGACAUCAAGAAACAGGACCUAGGAUGCCUGGUUCCCAAGCAAGAAAGGGACCCUUCCGAAGCGAAGGAAGAGAGUGUCCCUGCCCAGUAUCUGAGCAGGAUGCUGCCAGGCUCUUCAGCUGCAGAGAUGGCCAUCCCAGGGCUGCAGAUCCCAGACGGCGCUAACCCCGCGAGCACUCCCACCUUCUAUAAAGCCGGCUUUUCCUGGGAUGCCUUCCACUCCCCGUACGGCUUCCGCCAGAUGUCCUCCACGAUGCAGUCGGCCCUCCUGGAGCGCCCCGUGAGCCUGUACGGCGGCCACGUGGUGCCGAGCGCGGAGCCGCCCCUGGACGCGGCGGCCGACACGGAGCCCUACCACUGCGUCAAGUGCAACAAGGUAUUCUCCACUCCGCAUGGACUGGAGGUCCACGUGCGAAGGUCGCACAGCGGGAGCCGGCCCUUCGCUUGCGAGGUCUGCGGCAAGACCUUUGGGCACGCGGUGAGCCUGGAGCAGCACACCAACAUCCACUCCCAGGAGAGAAGCUUUGAGUGCAAGAUGUGCGGGAAGACAUUCAAACGCUCCUCUACGCUGUCUACUCACCUCCUGAUCCAUUCGGACACACGGCCCUAUCCCUGCCAGUACUGUGGCAAGCGCUUCCACCAGAAGUCAGACAUGAAGAAACACACCUACAUCCACACUGGAGAGAAGCCCCACAAAUGCCAGGUGUGCGGCAAGGCCUUCAGCCAGAGCUCCAACCUCAUCACGCACAGCCGCAAACACACCGGCUUCAAGCCCUUCAGCUGCGAGCUCUGCGCCAAGGGCUUCCAGCGCAAGGUGGAUCUGCGCCGGCACCGCGAGACCCAGCACAACCUCAAGUGA